AGCGAAAGGAUGGGGUGCAGGAAGAAGCGAAAUAAGGGUUGCCAGCGGGGUACAGUUGUGAGGGGGUAGUGCUAGAGAAGCCACUCCGGUCCCCGCAUCCCCGCCCGCCCCUGCCAGUGUCCGGGGCCGGCGGCGCCGCUCCUCCCUGUAGGGGCGGGCGGGGGCCCGUGGCUGCGGUGUGAGGCGGCGCCGGGCGAGGGGCGGGAGAGGGGGAACACCGGGCAGCAACCGAGCGCCGCCGGGCUGCGGCGUCACUGCGGGCCUGCGCUGGCCCCGCGCCGGCACCGGACGGCACUGGGAGACACCGGCAGCGAGGGAGCGGCCCCGCGGCACGGGCACCGGGCGGCACCAGGACCGGCCACGGGAGCGACCCCGGUCCCGGUGCCGCCGCGCAGCCGCCGCCUCUGUCCCGGGCGCUGAGCGGGGACACCGGGCCCGGGCACGGCCCCGGGAUGGGGCCCGGCAGCCCCGGGAGUGGCUGGCCCCUGGCUGGGACCCUGCUGGUGGCCCUGGCCGCCUCGAUGGGGGUGUCCUCGGUAGAUGCUGGCCCCCGGGAACAGCAGGCAUGGAGCCAGUGGCUAACCGAGCCGGGAUGCCCAGCCCCGGGGAAUUUGAGGGCUUCCCAUGCACGAACCCUGCACGAAACUGUGCCUCAGUUUCCCCACUUGUCCCUGAGCUGCCGUUGUCCCAUUUUGGGUGUCCGGGGGUGAAGACUGCCUGUGGUACGUGGACAAAAACGGGUCAUGGCAUCCUGGCUUCGACUGUGAGUUCUUCACCUUCUGUUGUGGCACGUGCCAGCAGCGGUACUGCUGCCGAGACCCUCUGCGCCUACUCACCGAGCGCCAGCAGCGCCAUUGCCUCGCCUUCAGGCCCGGAAAUCCCCCUGUCCAGCUACCCCCCCGCAGUGCCGCCAGCUCCCUUCCCUGUGGACCCCAAAGUCGGCCCUAUGCCUCCGCAGCCUGGCUUCACCCCCAUGGCCAUGUACCCCCCACCUGGCCCUGCCGCCCAGUACCCCACGUACCCCUCCGGCCCCCCUGUCUACAAUGCCACAGCACCACCACCCUACGUGCCAGCACAGCCCAGCUAUCCUGGAGCAUAAGCCCCUGCAGGGACCCCCACACCCGCCGCCGGCCAGCAGCACCAGGCUGGGGACCCCUGGGACCCCCCCUGGCACUGGGGGGCUGCCCCAGCUGGUGCUGGAUCAGGCUCUUCCCAGCCAUCCUGGGGUGAUCCGGUGCCAGCAGAACAGGGCGGCCCUUGUGUUGCACACUGGGUCCUUUGUGGGUGCCUACUCCCCCAGCUCUGGGUGCCGGAGGCCCUGAGCACCCGCGGGGGUGUCCCCAGGGGGGGCCCUGAGGGCCGUGCACCACUGUCUCCCUGCACUCCCACUCCUGGAUUCAACCCCUGCUCUUCCCCCUGGGGCUGGCAUUAAACCACAUCUUGUGCCCACAGCCUUGUGUCCUCUCGGUG